UGCCAGCUUCCAGAUACCAACACAGAAGAAGCUCAUACACAAAAUCCUCUCUUCUUCCUCGUUGGCUCGUCGCUGCAGCGCCAUCAUUCCCCAAGAUGCUGAUGCUAAGGGCAGCGCCGAUGUCCUACGCGAAGGUGGACAAGGUGGACGCCGAAGAGGCGCGACACUGGAAGGCGCAGUUCCUGAUCCACAAGGCGCUCGAGACGGGGCCGACAAGGCGGCCGCCGCCGCCGGCGGCAUUUGCGAAGGCUGGCGGGUGCAGGGUCGUCAGGGCGGUGAGGAUCGGCAUCCGGCUCAAGAGGCUCAGGAUCGCCGUCCGGAGCUUCAGGCUCCGCGUCUGCCGGAGCGUCCUCAAGCACCUCAAAAAUCUCAGGAGGCUCGGGUCUCCCCGUUCUUGAUCCUCUCGAUCUCCUCCUUCUGAAAGAGUUUUUUUUACGUAUCAGGGAAACUAAUCUGCCUUCUACUUGUAUCAUCGCAAUAGCUAACAACAACUUCUGCCCUUGAUAUGCCGAGAAGAUUUGGGCGCGCGCGUGUGUGUGGAUGCAUAGUAUAGUAUGUAAUCUGUAAAUGGAGCAGAUCAGCAAUGUUUGCUCCUGUUUCAGGCUUCCUUUUUCUCUGGGAUCCUAUCCUAUCUUGUUGCUCACUGACAGCUGAUGAAACUCUGCAGUUAUGUAUAUGCAGCAUAUCCUUGUUGAAUUGUUGAUUGAGUCAUUGAGAUGCUAAA